AUGCAAUAUCAGGCCAUCGUGACCUUGCACUGCAUGGAUAAGCAGGAAUAUGCCGGGCAUCUUUGCGAUGACCCCAAGGUCGCUGAGAAGUCUGCUGCGCAGCAAGCCCUUUUAGCCAACAGUGAUUUGGUGGAGGCUCAGAAACGGGAAGUGCCCACCAAAAGACCGUCGGGCAUGAUGUUAUCCCCGGAGGAACGAGCCAAGAAAGCGAGAGUGGACCCAGCGGAGAAUCCAGCCAUUACUCCCAAGACUGAGCUGAACAGCCUCUGUAUGCGAAUCAUUGGCAGAUAUAUGAAGAAAGGAGAGACAAUCUACAUUUGCAACAGAAUCGCUUCACAGUAUCAAUCUACUGUGCAAAUCACCUGCUUGCCUGAUGAAUGGGGUCAGCGAGCAUGGGCUGGUCAUCUUUGCGCCAACAAACAGAAGGCCGAGCAGAGCGCGGCGGAAAUUGCCUUGAAGGACAUCAAAGACGAUCCACAACUGCAAGAGCUCGCGGCCAGCUCAAAAGGGAAAGGCAAAGGAAAAGGCAACUAUUGGAACAUGCAAAUGAUGUGGGAGAUGAUGAACAACUGGUGGGGUGGUUGGAGUGAUGAGCGGGAGAUCAUCAUCGAGGAACCCAUCAUCGGCGAGAUGAUCGAAUGGAAAGGACAUUAUGGCUGGAUGAAGACGGAUCAUCCCAUUGAGCAUGAUGCGAAAGCCAUGCGUGGGGGCAAGAUCUAUAUCAACAAGAAAGACAUCGAAGGAACUCCCGAAACCGUUGCUGAGGGACAAAAGGUGCAGUUCAAGCUCUACGUGGAUGGAAACGGCCUGGGUGGCCCCAAGCGGCGCCGCGGCGGUUUCGGCUCGCUGGCCGCAACGGAGCUGACGGUUGCGGUGGAGGAGGCAGAUCUCUUCCUGGCACCGCUGGGGGUGAAGGGAAUGACGUUGCAUAUCCAAAGUGGGGAAGGUGAUUGUGGUGUGUCCACAUUUCUUCCCCAAGAGCCGAUACCCCGGGCCAUCUUCCCAAGGUGCACCAGGUCCGGCAAUCUGGAGCUCCGGAGAAAUCCCAGCGACCAUUGCAUUGCAGGACUGCAGGUCGUGGGUCAUUCUGGUCAGCCCUUGGCGCUGGCAUCGCGGAAUGCUCCAAAGGGCGCACCGGUGAGUCAUAUGGAUAUGUUGCUACAAAGCUGGCAGUCGCAGUACUUGGCCCCGCUGUGGCCGGAACUUCUCAUGAAGGCAGAUGCCGUACCUGAGAGGCAAGACGACCCCUUCGGCAUCAAAUUACGACCUGAGGCGCAGAAGGUUCUGCUCUUUUCCGGGAACUCCCCUGGUGCAAGAUGGGAGUUGGCUCCAGGGCUUGAUAGCGCUGAGCCUCUAGGGCAAAAGGACGUGUUGGCGGUUUGCAUCCCAAAGUUUCAGGAGGAGCCCACCAUUCUGCUGGUGGAUUCCGAGGACCUAUCAGUACAGCAGUUGAGGUUCUCAGUGAGCUGA